GCAUUGAAAAUCUUUGUAUUCAAGUGCAAAGUAAACUAAAUCUAACCCUGCUGGGAAGAAACUUGUGUAGUAACAUUAAGUUCACAAUGUUUUUGAACAAAACUAACAUGAAUGCUUUAUGGCGCUGUGUUGCAAAACCUGUAUUAAUGAAUGUUAUAAGACGGGAAGUUUUAAAGAAAUUCAUAAGUACAACUAUCUGUUCAAAAUAUAUAGUGACAACUUCGUUAGUACCAACUCAGUUCAAAUACUAUUCGCCUUAUAAUACGAUUCGACAUAAAUCAAAAAAACAAAGGGCCGAGGAGUCAGAUGAUGAAGGAGAUACAUUUGAUGAUGACCCAUCUUUGUCAAGAGAUUCAAAAGUAGUGAAAUUCAACACCACAUCAUUACGGGCUGAUUUGAUACUAAAAACAGCAUUAGGGGUCGCAAGAAAUAAAAUAGAGCAAUUAUUCUAUGAAAGCAAAAUUAGAGUCAAUGGAAAAAAGAUAGUAAAGAAAAGUGUUUCUGUAAAAAUAGGAGAUGAAAUUGAUAUCAUAAAGGCUGUAAGCCCUAAGAAUCCUGAUCAUUUAUUCAUUUCCCGUAUUGAAGUGAUGAAUUUAGCUGCCAAAGAAGAAACCAUUGCGGUCACAGCACGCAGAUUUAAAACAUUGCUCAUUGAGAAUUAUGAACUUGAUCCAUACAAAGGCUCUGCAAAUGAAGAAUAGAUUAUAUA